AUGUCGAAGUCCGCAGUCGCCAUUCUUACCCCUCCAUCCAGCGCUACGUCGCUCGAGUUCUCUCUGGAUAGCCCAGGCAUAGCGGCCGCCAAGGCCUUGGUCCUCAAGUCCCAGUUGCCCGCUGCUCGUCAGCAGAAGGCGAACAUGGACGAGCCUCAGAAGACAUACACGUUCACCGAGGAGGAGCUCCAGACCUUGUUCAUGAAUUUACUCAACUCUCAAAACAUCCCGAACAUGUCUGCCGACUCUGACACCGAAGAUGCCUGUGUCCCGGAAGAAAGCGAGAGCGAGCCUGAGAAGCCACGCAAGAAGUCCAGCAAGCGCACCUCUGCUAGCAAGAAGGCCGGAGGGUACGCGAACGGAAGCUUCUCGGGCAAUGCGGACAACGUCCAUUCCUUCAACCACACUGGCGCAUCGUUCGAGUCGAGGUCGAAGCGGAAAGGUAGUGGACCGACUCACUCGAACAACAAGCGCAACCAAGGGUCAUUCAACACCACGACCACUGUUGAUGGCCUGCAUGGAAUACCGCCAUUCCUCUAUGGCAUGCCAUUUGGGAUUCCGGGGAUGUCGUCGAUGUUCCCCGGAGACGGUUGGGCUUACACCCAGCAAUGUUCGACUAAGGAAGAGAAGCGCCACAAGAAGUGUGAGUGA